AUGAGCUUUCGUUUGUACCAUGAGCAUGAUCGUCGAUUUGAGAAUGUAUAUAUACGAUCUGGAACUUAUUCUAUUGACCACUCGGAAAAGUAUGAAAACGUUUUGAAGGAUAAGUUGAAUGUAGCUCUCGAUGCUAUGGUCGCUAUUCCUAUUUGCUUUACCUCGAGGCGUUGGAUAAGUUCCGGAAGCAGUCCCAUCAUGUGA